CACAUUUCGAAAAAUGUCAUGCGAGCACUGUUGUUGUUUUCAGCCGUCGACUUGUCUGCUAGACAUGAUGACAUUGCGCACGUUUACCUCUCUGGCUACCGUUGUAGGAAAGUGAAAUAAAAACGCGUACUGUUUGAGCCUCGUCGCUUCCCGUCAAAGGAGUCAUCACAACAACAGUGUACUUGGGUGUGCGCUAUUCAGCGUUAGCUGCUAAAGCAAAUGAUGAUCUCUCGGAGUAUAAACUACAGAUUGAGAACACACUGUAUUUGUUUGGAUGCUCUGUAAUACAACGCAACACAUGUAAAACCCAUAGGCAUUUUACGGCGUCAACUGGACAAUUCAGUGGCAAGUGAAGAAACACAAUUUGCAGUCUUUUUCAGGUUUGAUCACCGCUUGCACAUACACCGUAAAGAUGGGAACACAGUAGCCUGAAUAUGGAUAAUCAGAAGAGCUCUGGAGAGGAGGAAAGCUCCAGGGAGCGUGGACUGCUCCACACAUGGAAGGGCUACUCCUGCAGCGUCACCCCAGAAAAAGUGCUCCUCUCCCGGCCUGUGCUGCAGGCAGCCCUGGGCAACAGACAUGGAGUACUUCUAGUGGAGGGUGGGCAGGUAUACAGUUUUGGCGAAUUGUCAUGGAAACAGACACAGGCACCGUCGUCAGUGGUGACAUCCGAGCCGGUCUUGGAGGCGGGCCUUAGCGGACAGCGGGUGGUGGCGGUGGCAGCGGGCGGCUUCCACAGCGGCGCACUGACAGAGGACGGGGGCGUGCACAUGUGGGGGGACAACGCCCACGGACAGUGCGGCCUAUCAGGACUCGCCACUGUCCCUAACCCCACCCCUGUGGGUGUGGUCGACCAGCUCGACCCGGCCUCUGCAUUGCCGUCGGCCUGCGCCUCACCACAGGUGGUGGUGACUGUGGUGGAGCUGGCCUGUGGAGAGCAGCACACAAUGGCGCUCUCGGCCCGCCACGAGGUGUGGGCGUGGGGCAGCGGCCCGCAGCUCGGGUACCCCGUGGGCACCAUCCCGGCUUGGAGACCCCAGCGGGUGGAUCGGCUAGCGGGGCGGCACGUGCUCCAGGUGGCCUGCGGCGCCUUCCACAGCAUGGCCCUGGUGCGCUGCCCGGUGCCGACCCCCGAGCCACGCCGGCCACCCCCGGACAAGUGCGGCCAGUGCAACCAGCUGCUCUACACCAUGACCGAUAAGGAGGACCACGUCAUCAUCUCCGACAGCCACCACUGCCCCCUAGGGGUGGAGGUGGGUGUUGGACUGGGCGAGGUCGCAGGGGAGAUCCGCCGGAGCUCGGAGGGCAGCCCGGGGGGGAAGGGGGGAUCGCCGGGUCAGCAGAAGGUCAAGAGCUCUCCGUCGGAGCCUCUUUUGUCCACCCACAGUCACCCCAGGCCUCUGAGCUCGUCCUUCACGGCUCCUGGUUCUUCCCCUGCCCCUGCAGCUUCUCCGUCCCAGGAUCAGGCUGCUCCCUCCAGCCUGGACUCCGCAGAGGAGGCCUGUAAGGAGCUGGAGGAGCCUGAAGCAUCAGAGCACACCAAUAACUCGGUUGACCAAGACCCCAGCACCAUACAGGAGGAUGGCUCCAGAACUCAAGGGGGUGCUGUUCUGGGGACAGGGGCUAAAAACUCACCCUAUCCAGAUGAGCAGGCGGUGAAGGACUACCUGAAGAGACUGUCGGACCAUACGCUGUCGGAACAAACUGCCAAGUCCCCACAACUGGCACAGCAUUCACAGACGGACGCCAUCGCCGAUGUCUUCACCCCCGACCCUGACGAUGAAACCACCACCUCCAUCGUGAUGGCAAUGCCGGCCGGCGGCCCAGUGGGCUCGGCCCUCAACAGCCUGGUGGCGUCGUGCGCCUCGGUCGUGGGCGAGCGCGUGGCGCUCACCUGCGAGGCGCUCUCGCUCCGCAAGGUCAUGAACUACUACUACCCGGUCUCGUCCUCCUCCUCCUCUUCCUCCCCUGCGUCAGGCCCCAGGGCCCCUCCGGAGGGAGGCAGGGAGGGCCCGGUGGGUCUGGCCCGCCUGGAGGAGUCGCUCCAGGGCAAGAAGAGCUCCAGCCUGGGGGACAUCCGCGAGGAAGAGGCGGAGGGCCUGAGCCGACGCCUGUCCCUGCCGGGGCUCCUGUCUCAGGGUAGAUACGCAGUUCAGCUCUUAUCAACCGCAUACGGGGGGAUGCACAUCUCAGGCUCUGCAGACGAACCAUGGCAUGUUGUUACCAUGGCAUCAAACCCAUCUCCUCAGAGUUCCGUUAGUGCUGAAAGUAAUACAGUCUCUCCUCGUCUGUUGCGUCGAUGCAGUCGCUCGCGUGUCAAGGCCGCACCCCUCACCCCCCCGGUGGUUACCGAGGGCGACAGCCUCCUGCCCUCCCUGCAGACAGAGGUGUGGAGUUGGGGUCGGGGCCAGGAAGGGCAGCUGGGCUAUGGCGACUUUCAGACCAGGUCGCAGCCUCUGUGUAUUAAGAGUCUGAGCAGCAAGGAGGUGGUGAGAAUAGCAGCUGGUGCUCAUCAUUCCCUGGCCCUCACUGCACAAUCUCAGGUUUUCUCCUGGGGUAGUAACAGCUCUGGUCAGCUCGGCCAUAUGGAAUCACCCAGCACCAUACCUCGCUUGGCUAAGCUGUCAGAAGGGAUUCGUGUGUGGGACGUGGCAGCGGGCCAGCAGCACACGCUGCUAUUGGCCGACGGCGACUGCUUCCAACCAAUCCUGUACUACAGCGGACAGCAGAUCAGGGAAGGGCCGGGCCAGACAUCCAAGGAGGGGUCAGGGGGCUACACCCAGCAGCCCGUCCUGCUCCCUUUCUGCAUGAAUCUUGGCUACGUGAGCAGCGUGUUUGCGGGCGGUCAGAUGUGUGCUGCGGUGGCGGAUAAGAACGUGAUGGGCUUCAUCGCCAGUCUGCACGAGUUGGCCGCCGCCGAAAGGAGAUGCUACUGUAAACUCACCAGCGUCAAAAUACAUGUCCUACAGCCGCUCCUUAAAGCAGAGAAUCUCUGUUCAUCCCUCGGCCCGAUCUCCACUGGCCUUUUGCAAACUCUGAUUGGACGGUUUCAUCGGGUGUGUCAGCUGACUGGUCAGAACUCUGCCUCCCUGACGUCCCUCCUCAGACGCUCGCGGGACAUCAAAGGCCUUGUCAUCCUGGAAAACGCACAGGUGUUCAUGGACGCUUACACAGAGUAUGCCACUGCAGUGGGGAACUUCCUGGUCAUAGGCGGCUUCCAAGCACUAGCAAAACCUUGCCAGGACCUGUUUGGUAAGGGCUGUGAGGUGGUGCAGCGCCUGGUGGAGAGUGCAGACGAGAGCGCUCCUCUUCCUGACCUGCUGCUCUCGCUCCUCCACCUUCCCAUCAAGCACCUGCAGGAGUACGGACGCCUGCUGCUCAAGCUGGCCACCUGCUAUGAGGUGCCAUCUGAGUUUAGUGGGGAGUCUUCGACAUACAUUCCUUGUAAAAGCAUGCAUGGAGAAAGCUCUCCAGAUUAUCAGAAGCUGCAGGACGGCUGCUCUAAGUUUGAGUCUCUGGUCCUUCAUCUGAAGAGGAAGAGGAAGGAGGCGGACUACACUCUUCACUUCUGGAAGAGCUUCCCUGGCAAAAUGACUGAUUCCCUGCGGAAGGCGUCUCGCCGCUUGGUGUGUGAGAGCAGCAACAAGGCGCUGACGCUGCAGAAUGCCGGAAGGUUCUCUGUGAACUGGUUCAUCCUCUUCAACGAUGCUCUUGUCCACGCACAGGGAAUGGUUCCCUAUAAAAGCCUCUUUUCCACCCAUCAUGUGUUCCCAUUGACUACACUCUGGGUGGAGCCUAUUUCCGAGGAGAACACUGGCCUGUUUGGACUGAAGGUGAUUACUCCUGAAGAGACCUUCACUCUUCUGGCGUCGUCAUCAAUGGAGAAGGCGAAGUGGCUUCGUUCCAUACACCAAGCAGUGGAGCAGGCGCUGAGUAGCGUGGGGUCAGAGGUUGCGUCUCUGGCCGCAGGUGGGGGGCCUAGAGCUGACCCACCCAUCUCGCGCACGGCGUCAUACAAAUUCUAUAAAGACGGACGUCUGAAGGAUGCCACCUACGAGGGCCGCUGGGUGGCAGGGAAGCCCCAUGGCAGGGGCAUGGUGAAGUGGCCUGAUGGGAGAGUGUACACCGGAACAUUCAAGAAUGGUUUGGAAGACGGUUUUGGAGAGUACAUUGCCCCCACUAAGAGCCCGAAUAAGAGUGACCAUUACCAAGGCAACUGGAAGGAGGGCAAGAUGCAUGGCUUUGGGACAUACAGGUAUGCCACAGGUGAGGUGUACGAGGGCUGUUUCCAGGACAACAUGCGUCAUGGCCACGGGAUGCUGCGCAGUGGCAAGCUGAACUCCUCUUCCCCGAGUGUCUUCAUUGGCCAAUGGGUCAAUGACAGGAAGUGUGGCUAUGGUGUCUUCGAUGACAUCACCAGAGGUGAGAAGUACAUGGGGACAUGGCAGGAUGACCAGAGGCAGGGCCAUGGAGUGAUUGUUACCCAAUUUGGCCUUUACUAUGAGGGAGCCUUCAGCAACAACAAGAUGAUGGGUACUGGGGUGUUGCUCUCUGAAGAUGACACCACAUUUGAGGGAGAGUUUUCUGAAGAUUGGACUCUCAGUGGGAAGGGUAUUUUGACCAUGCCUAAUGGGGACUACAUCGAGGGCUCCUUCAGUGGCGUGUGGGGCACGGGGCUCAAGAUCUCUGGCUGCUACUAUAAACCCAACCUCUACGACUCCGACAAGGACAAAAGCCGCACACUUAAGCUGGGUGGUCUGGCGGUGUCGUCGGAGGAGAAGUGGUUGGCGGUGUUUGAGGAGUGCUGGAGGAGGCUGGGCUCGGACACCGUAGGGCAGGGAGAGACUAGCCGUGCCUGGGACAACAUCGCCAUUGCCCUGACAACCAACCGCCAGAGACACAGGGACAGUCCUGAGCUGUUGUCUCGCUCUCACCAUAAAACUCUCGAGAGCCUCGAGAUCAUCCCACAACAUGAAGGGCCGGUCACCAUGGAGAAGUAUGACACCAUCCGCCACUACCUCAUCAAGGCAUGUGACACCCCACUGCACCCGCUGGGUCGUCUCUUGGAGAUGCUGGUUGCCGUGUACCGCAUGACCUAUGUGGGCGUGGGGGCCAACCGCAGACUCCUCCCUCAGGCCGUCAACGAGAUCAAGUCCUAUCUCAGUCGUAUCUUCCAGAUCGUCAGAUUCCUGUUCCCAGAUCUUCCUGAGGAGGGCGGUUUGAUCCCGGAGACGGCCGAUGCACAGCAGGAGAGGGACUCCAUCUCCUCUGAUGCCCAGCUGGAUGCUCCGCGGCGUGUGGUGAGCAGCUCUGCCCUGCUGCUGCCCGUGCUGCUGCCCCGUCUCUACCCGCCCCUGUUCACGCUGUACGCGCUGGACAAGGAGAAGGAGGAGGACGUCUACUGGGAGUGUGUGCUGCGCCUCAACAAGCAGCCUGACCUGGCGCUCCUCGCCUUCCUGGGAGUGCAGCAAAAAUUUUGGCCAGUAUCUGUCACUGUUCAGGGAGAGAAGCAACAGGUGGUGAUCAGCACAAAGGAUGCCUGCUUCGCCACAGCAGUAGAGACCCUGCAGCAGAUUAGCACAACUUUCACUCCGUCCGACAAGCUGCAGGUGAUUCAGCUGACCUUCGAGGAGAUCACGCAGGAAGUGCUAGCGCUGCUGAAAGAGGACUUCCUGUGGUCCAUGGACGACCUGUUCCCUGUCUUCCUCUAUGUGGUCCUACGUGCGCGCAUUAGGAAUCUGGGGUCGGAGGUCAACCUGAUCGAGGACUUGAUGGACCCGUGUGUGCAGCAUGGGGAGCACGGCAUUAUGUUCACCACGCUCAAGGCUAGUUACUACCAGAUCCAGCAUGAGAAGAUCACCUAGUUGUUGUGCCUGAUGCGUCUUGCUGAGUGACAGGUCAGCUAACCAAUCACAGAUCACGACAGAGUGCUUGACAAAACAAGGACUCCGUGGCAGGCCCUGUCAGAAGUGUGGCGCUCGGCCUCUGGUGCGGAAGUUUGCCUCCAUCCAAGUGUUUCAACGUCUACCAUGCACUUCUGUGGAUUGGCCACAGCAACCACCAGCAUGUCCUAAAAUCCUCACCUGCACACUACCCCUGUUCCCCUGUGACAUAUUCUCUAACCACUCUGCGUGUUCCACAGCAGAACCAUUUUAGUGACCGCUGCGUGUUCUGCGGUAGAACUGCCAGUGGGUGUAUUCUGAAUGGAACAUUUUUGUCCUUGGAGUGUCUCUGUGAUGUCUUGGUGGGUGGUCUGUCUCACCAGAGAUGUCAUGCUCUCAUGUCCACUAAGAUGGACACACUGACCAAUGCAUAGCACCUGUUGAAUGUUUUUUUUUUUUAUUAUUAUUAUUUAACACUAAUAUUAGCAGUUUUUUUAAUUUGUACUUGUUCAGACCUCAUGCUGUUACCAUGAUGAAGCACACUAUGUCUCGUGGAGUUUCAGAGAUCCAGACCUUUAGGGAGAAAUCACUCCUUUGGUAUUUAUUAUGUUAUGUGGAAACGUUCUCGUAAGCUUUACCCAGAGCCUGGCCCAAGUAAACAUAUCGUCUGCUACUGUUUACGUUGCACACACAGACUCGCAUCUCAGAGAGUAUAGUGGCUUGGUCUGAUUUUUAACAUUACAGUGUUAUGCAAAUAACUGACAAGGUUAAAAGGAAAGGGUGAAGACAUAUAAGCUUUGUUCUUAGUUUUUUGAAGUGACCUCUUAAGAAAGGUGUUGUAGUGAAAUCCUGCUAGCGCAGUGGGUUUGACUAGCGAUGACAACUUCCAGUGUUCUGACUGAGUGUCGGCACCUCAUUGUACCAGUUUUUAAGCUCGGUUUGGUGGCUGAUUGAGAGGAAGUAUUGUGUCUUAGUACCGUUAUUGCGUCUGAGUGACCACAUGAAGGUUAUUUCUUUUCGAGAGGGGUCAUUCAGAACUCCGACACAGCUGACACAACAGAAAGAAGACACAGAUACACAUACACACACACAACAGUGUUCACAGUGUACACAUAACAGUGAAGUACAACGUAAACCAAAUCAGAAAGAAGAAAUGAAACCUGUUUGCAUAGGUUUCUGUGGAAAUAUGCACAUUGUUGUCAUUUUGUGAAUAGUGUGUUCCAAAUUCUGUGUCCGAGCACACAGUACCCCUGUGGCUUCCAGUUUUGUGUGCAGUUUACCAAAUGUUUGCAGUUGCUGGUUUACAAUACCAAGUAACCUCAUGAGAAGGACCUUUUUAACUACACACCAACUGUCAGAUGAACAGAGAGCAAAGGGAUGCUCUGAAGGGAUUAACCUAGUUUGGGUUAAUUUGAUGGCUACUGGUUCAUCGCAUAUUUAUGUUGAAGCUUUCUAUUAACUGGGGGAUAAAAAAUAACUUUUGAUUUUACAUCUUACAUAAUCAGAUGUUCAUUCAGACUCGUGUAAAGUCCAAGAAUGUUCACAAGGUGUCUAUAAGAAAGAUAUUUACUCUGACAAUCUCACUCCUUGUGAGCAGCCUCUUGGGGAAGUGGGAGAGUAUAGCCAAGAUGGCCAAAAGGCUGACUUGAAACCGUCCUAAAUGUUGCCUGCAUCCGGUCUGUGUUCAGCCAUGGUCAGGGACAUGUCAGUGGUCAAUUCCGCCUUGGCGGAGAGUGCGACGCUAUGAGUAAUCCUCUUCAGCUGGCUGUGCUCUUAUCUUAUCAUCACUCAGUUUGCAUAUCAGCUCUUGAGAUGGUGUUCCAGCACUGACCUUGGGGGUCAGAUGAUGGACUCACACUCACAAACACACAAACGUACACACAACACAUCACAUCAUAUGAGAGUGACUGAUGUGCAACAGAACUUACCCAUCAGGGAGAGUGUUAUUAAGACUGACAGUGUGUUUACUGUCAGUUCCUGUUUGUGAUGAUGAACUUUGUACUUUUAACUAUUUCAUUUCUCUUUUUACUCAGCGAAAUUAUCAACUGGGUGAUAGACUGACAUGUAUACAAUCACAACAUUUGGGAUAAAUAUAGACAAGCAACAACACAGCACCUGGCAUGAAACAAUUUCUCUACUACAUUCAGCAAUAACUGUGAUGUUUUUUUUAUCGUUUACUGUUAUUUUAAAUCUGACCACUGUGUUAAUGUUCUUCAGAAUGUUCAGUGAAGGUUCAACAUCGACUAAUAGUCUGCCUAUUAGAUCAGGCUACAGUGGUAAUCCCAGUGAUGUUGGUAAUCUGAAUGAUAAUCUGAUCGAGGACAUCAUCUAAGAUGGUUGGCGGAAACAGGACAUGGAGACACGUAAAUUCACAAAGUGCUUUUAAUAUCCCCAGUCAAGAGUUGUAUUAUCGAGCUGCAGUCAUGUACUGUUAGUAAGGAGGAAGAGUUUUAGCAGGCUGUGAUAUCAUGCAUGUAUGUUUCUGUAUGUUUGUCUGUGAGCUGUAGGUGAGGCUCUGUGUGUAUCAUAAUGGUGUGAUUUGAUACCUGCUGAUUAGAUGACUGCUUAAUGCAGCAUCGCCACAUGCCUCUUUCCAGCACUGACAUUGCCAGGCGUUGCAUGAUAUACCCAACCCAACAUGAUGUAACUUAAAUUACAAUUCCUGAUUGUAUUUCUGGGGCACCUUGGAGUUUACGUGAAGCGUUUGUUCUGCCAAUAUCAAAACAGAUUAUUGGUCUGUGCCUAUGCCUGGUGUUGUGUUGGGGUGCGUACACUUAUUUUUAAGUAAGUAAAUAUAUGAUAAAAAUGUGCAUAGGAUUUUGUCAUGAUAAGUCUAACUUGGAGGGCAAUAAACUGUUGUAUCAGUGAAA